AUGAGCGACUCAAAUUCACAACCCAUCAAAUACUCUGUCCACAAAACCGUCACCACGAAGCACAUCUCCCCGCAGUGCGCUGGCCAGAUAGUCAGGAUAUCCAUCACCGACGGCGACGCCACGGAGGAAGUGAUCCGGAUACGUGGGCCGGACGCCACCACCAACAUCAUCCGGCCGCCGCUGGGGGCGGCGACCAACUCCGGCGAGGAGGAGUCGUUGGAGAAUCUGUCCUCCCCGACCUCCGUCCUUAAAUCGCGGUACCUGAAAACAGCCAACUCCGGCGAGGAGAAGGAUCAUAAGGGCAGGGUGGUUGAAGAUCCGCCGCCGCCGCAGGAGUUGCUGAUGGAUGACUGUCUGCCGUUGGAUCAGUGCUUCCUCAAGGACUAUUUUGAUUUUCGGUCGCCGUCGCCGUUGAUCUACGAUGAGGUGAGGGUGCAGGAGACGGUGUUGGAGGAUGUUCUUUUGGACGGCCUGGAUUUUGAGUUGGGUCACGAAUUCGGGUCGCUGACGUGGGAUGUCAGUGAAUUUCUCGAAGAUCAAAUUUUGGUUGGUUGA